CAAAUUUUUUAUUCUACUGCAAAUAUAUGUAAGAAAAGUAAUAUAUAGAAACAACAUAAUAUUGCAGCUUCUACAUGUAACUCAUUCUUAUGAACAUGAAAACAUACUAAGUUAACAUACACAGUAAACGCUUAAGAAAAAUAUGAUAACAGAUAAUAAUAGACAUGAGUAAAUAUCCUAACAUUUUAUAUACUAAUUUAUAGACUAAAUAUAUUACUAUUAUUAUACUACUAUUAUUAUUAUAUUAUAUUACUAUUAUAUUACUAUACGUUAUACUAUUUGGAUGGCAACUGAUUGCGAGUUUUGUCAUUACCACUUAAUGACAAAAUCCGUAAUCACGUACUUGGCAACCCAAUACUUAGCAUGGUUAUAUGUAUUUUAAUGCAUGUUAUGAUUUAAAAGGAAUCCAAUUGCACAUCUAUUUUAAUUGACCUUAUUAAAGCUUUUUAAAAAUGAUAAAAACAUUUAUAUUUCUUGAUUUGGAAACAACUGGAUUAAUUACAAAGAAUUACAUGCCAAAAAUCACAGAAAUGUCAUUAAUCGCAGUAUCAAGAACUGCUAUAUGCAAUACUACAAAUAUUUCACCAAGGAUUUUACAGAAACUUGUUUUACCAAUACAUCCAAAUGUACCUAUUUCAAAGGAUAUUGAAAAAUUGACAGGCUUAUCCAAUGAAAAUUUAAAAGAAUUUCCGUGUUUUAACUGUGACAUAUAUAACUUAGUACUGAAUUUUAUAAAUCGAUUAGCAGCACCAGCUUGUUUUGUAGCUUAUAAUGGAAAUAAUUAUGACUAUCCAAUAUUUUUAACAGAAUUCAAAAAUAUUGAGAAGAAUUUCAGUGAAAAUAUUUUAAGCAUUGACAUGAUGCAUCUAGUUAAAGAAUUUUUUUCCCGUAAACAAAAACCAAUAAAAGAAAUAGAUAUUGUACAACCUACUGUUAGUAGUUCCAAUUGUACUGAAGUUAGUAUUUUAUUGAAUGAUGGUUAUGAUAAGGUUUUAUCUGAUGCAUUAGAUUCUAUUAUGGAUGCAAAUCUUAAUGAUCAUAACAAAAAUAACACUCCAACUAAGAUUAAAGAAACAACAGUUCAUUCGUAUAGUGUACUUAACACUCCACGAACUAGUUACUGUAAAAAGAUGCAAAAAAUCAAUGAAAAGACACCUGAGAAUCAAAUUAUAAAAUUAAAACACUGUGAUGAAAAUUUUCAGGGUAGAAGAGGAAGUAAUGUAAGAAAACAAUUAGAUUUUACAAAUAGUCGGCCCAUUGAUUUUAAAUUGGGUAGUGUUUAUAAACAUAUUUUUGGUAAUAACCCUGAAGAGGCACAUAGUGCAGAAGGAUCUCAUUUUCUUGAAGACUAAAAGCAGUUCUCCAAUAAAAGGAUGCCAAAUCAGAAUCACUGUCAUUGCAAUCAGUACAUACUGGUACUGGAAUUGCAAACCAUCUUUUAUUUCGACACUAAAAACAAAAAAUAUUUAUGAUACAAGUGCCUUUACUUAAAUAAAAUACU